UCCCGUCACCCGCACUGGGGAGUAAGUAGAAGUAGCUCUGUAACCCGUCUUCCAUGAUGUCUUACCCAAUAUUACGCGAGCGAUCUCGGAUGAUACCGAACCCAAACGCCAACUCCCGUAGCACUGUGAAGUCGAGGAUACACUGAAUGAAAGCUCCGAGUGCCAAGUUACAGUGGUUGACUUGUGGUGGAGGGCUUUCUGUGCACAGUCGAGAAUCAUGUAUCUUGUGUUGUGGGCAGUGGGGAUUGUAACGUUACUUGUCGGCUUCAGUGUAGAAGAUAAGCCACAAAUGUACCCCAGAACAGCCAAACGACGUUUUGAUGAGCAAUUGACGGCGUCUGAGGUGGUGAGUCCCAGUCGGGUGAGUGAGUUGGGAGACCCCUUCCCCAACACCGUGCAUUUCAGGAGGAGGAAGCGAAGCCCCGACUCCGACCUCUGGGCCUCAGUAACUCAUUACCGAAUCACUGCGUUCGGGCGAACCUUUCACCUGAACCUCACCGCCGACUCUGGAUUUAUGGCACCGAUUUUUACCGUUACACACUUUGGAAUACAACCCAAUCUCACGGCCCUUCACCUCGACACUGACUCCAGGCACUGCUUCUACACCGGACAUGUCAAUGCCAAACCGGAGCACACAGCUGUGAUCAGCCUCUGCUCGGGACUGUUUGGCAUGUUCACAUCGCACGGUGGGGAAUAUUUUGUGGAGCCUCUCGCCCUACCCAAUGGGGAAGAAUACAAUGAAGAACACAACAAACCACAUCGUGUGUACAAACGAGAUGCUCUGAAGACUAAAUUGACAAGGGAACUCACUGAUAGUUGUGGCAACUCAGGUCAGAAAAAUAGUCAGAAAAGGAACACAAGACCACCCAGCAGUAUUUUGGCUGAUCUAGAAAGCCUAAAAAAUAGUAUUACAUUGCACCAUUUUGCUGGACAUUACAAUGGAACUGAUAGCAACAUCACUGAAGCAGAAAGUCACAAACGAACAAAACGUUUUUUGUCAUAUCCGCGGUACGUGGAAGUUAUGGUUGUCGCAGACAGCAAGAUGGUUGAACAUCAUGGAUCAAAUCUACAGCAUUAUGUCCUUACUUUAAUGUCUAUUGUGGCUGCUAUAUAUAAAGAUCCAAGUAUUGGAAAUCUCAUAAAUAUAGUUGUUGUGAAAUUAGUUGUUAUAAAUAAUGAACAGGAAGGUCCAACCAUAUCAUUCAAUGCUCAUACAACAUUAAAAAACUUUUGUAUAUGGCAACAAAAACAGAAUAAUCCAGAUGAAACCCAUCAUUCUCACCAUGACACAGCAGUACUUAUCACAAGGCAAGACAUUUGCAGAGCUCGUGAUAAAUGUGACACAUUGGGUUUGGCUGAACUUGGUACUGUGUGUGACCCAUAUCGAAGUUGCUCCAUUAGUGAAGAUAACGGACUAAGUACUGCUUUCACAAUAGCUCAUGAACUUGGGCAUGUAUUUAACAUGCCUCACGAUGACAGCAAUAAGUGCAAAGAAGAUGGUGGCAAAAAUCAACAACAUGUUAUGGCUUCAACACUGAAUUAUGACACCAACCCCUGGAUGUGGUCAAAAUGUAGCAGGAGAUACAUUACUGAUUUUUUAGACACAGGAUAUGGUGAAUGUCUGCUUGAUGAGCCUGUGAUGAGAGCAUAUACCCUCCCUCAUCAACUCCCUGGUCAGAUUUAUAAUGUUAACAAACAAUGUGAAUUGAUUUUUGGACUUGGUUCUCAGGUGUGCCCUUAUAUGACACAGUGCAGACGUCUGUGGUGUACAAGCACUGAAGGAGUUCAAAGAGGUUGCAGGACUCAACAUAUGCCCUGGGCAGAUGGAACAGAGUGUGAGCCUGGAAAACACUGCAAACAUGGUGUUUGCAUUUCAAAGGAUCCAUCAGAAGUUUCUGCAGUAGAUGGAACAUGGGGACCAUGGAGUCCAUUUGGCUCAUGCUCUAGAACCUGUGGAGGUGGUAUUAAAACUGCAGUUAGAGAAUGCAACAAACCAGAGCCCAGAAAUGGAGGUAAAUACUGUGUUGGUCGAAGGAUGAAAUUUCGUUCGUGCAACACUGAACAUUGUCCAAAACAAAGGAGGGACUUCAGAGAAGAACAAUGCGCAGAUUUCGAUGGAAAACAUUUCAACAUUAAUGGCCUACCUCCAAAUGUGCGCUGGGUUCCUAAAUACAGUGGAAUUCUGAUGAAAGACCGCUGCAAGCUGUUCUGCAGAGUGGCCGGAACCACAAACUAUUAUCGGCUCAGGGACAGAGUUAUUGAUGGCACACUUUGUGGACCAGAGACCAAUGACAUCUGUGUUCAAGGACUUUGCCGGCAAGCCGGAUGUGAUCAUGUAUUAAAUUCAAAGGCAAGAAGAGACAAAUGUGGUGUUUGUGGUGGCGAUAAUUCUUCAUGCAAAACUUUAGCAGGCACAUUUAAUACUGUUCAUUAUGGAUAUAACGUAGUAGUGAGAAUACCAGCUGGUGCUACAAAUAUUGACGUGCGACAGCACAGCUAUUCAGGGAAACCAGAGGAUGACAAUUACCUUGCUUUGGCUAACAGUCGAGGAGAAUUCCUUUUAAAUGGAAAUUUUGUGGUCAGCAUGUUUAAAAGGGAAAUUAAAGUUCGAGGAGCUGCACUUGAGUAUAGUGGAUCUGAUAAUGCAGUGGAAAGAAUCAACUGUACUGAUCGUCUUGAGGAAGAGUUAAUACUUCAGGUUUUGUCUGUAGGAAAUUUAUAUAAUCCCGAUGUCCGAUAUUCAUUCAACAUUCCCAUUGAAGAUAAAGCACAGCAUUUUCUUUGGGAUCAAUUUGGUCCUUGGCAGAAUUGCAACAGGCUAUGUCAAGGUGAAAGAAAGCGAAGACCCAUUUGUACAAGAGAAAGUGAUCGGCUUGUUGUCUCCGAUCAAAGAUGUGAUCGAAUUCCACGCCCAGUUCCACUAACUGAAUCCUGCAACACAGAAUGUGAAAUUCGAUGGCAUAUUGCCAGAAAAAGUGAAUGCACAGCACAAUGUGGGCCUGGCUAUCGAACGUUGGAUAUCUACUGUGCAAAAUAUAGUAGGUCGGAGGGAAAGACAGAAAAAAUAGACGACAGAUACUGCAGCUAUCAAGCAAAGCCAGAUGAUAAGGAAGUGUGUCAUGGAGAUUGCAACGUUGGAGGCUGGCAGUAUUCUUCAUGGUCCGAGUGUUCAAAGAGUUGUGGUGCUGGCACAAGAAGAAGGAAUGCUGUCUGUGUCAAUUCUGUAGGGACUGUUCUUGGCGAUAGCAAAUGCAGCCAACAGGAAAAGAUGAUCAUCCAGAGAUGUAAUGAAUACACGUGUCCUGUGUGGAAAACAGGAGAAUGGUCAGAGUGCUUAGUGACCUGUGGGAAGGGAUACAAACAUCGGCAGACAUGGUGCCAGGUUGGAGAAGGGCAAUUAGAUGAAGGAUUUUGUAACUCAGCAACAAAACCAGAGUCUGUGCAAGCAUGUCAACAACAGGAGUGUGCAGCAUGGCAAGUUGGUCCAUGGGGACAGUGUACAACCACAUGUGGUCAGGGUUACCAGAUGCGUGCAGUAAGAUGCAUUGCAGGUUCUUAUGGCACUGUUGUCGAUGAUAAUGAAUGCAAUGCUGCCACCAGACCUACUAAUACUCAGGAUUGUGAAUUAGCUUCAUGCCCCGAUUUGCGUCCAAGUGCCAGAGAAAGAAUACCCAAUCACAUGGGUUAUGGAACUGAAUGGAGAUUUGGAUCUUGGACUCCUUGUUCUGCUACAUGUGGAAAAGGUACCAAACAGCGAUAUGUCAGCUGCAGAGACCUCCAAGGAGGUGUUGCUGACGAAUCUGCUUGCUCACAUCUUCCAAAGCCGCCAUCUCGAACAGAAUGCACAGUCAUUCCGUGUGGACGCUGGAAAACCUUAGAGUGGACUCAGUGUUCGGUAACCUGUGGCCAAGGUAAAGCAACCCGACUGGUAAUUUGCACGAACUACAACAAUGAGAUUGUUAAUGACAGCGAAUGUGACCCAGAUGAUCAGCCACUAAUCCAGCAGGAAUGUGCCAUGUCUUCUUGCCCCCAACGUCGUCAAAACUACGAUAGACCUGGACAGAGUGAUCACUCGUUUCCUCGUACGGAUUACCGCAAGGUGCUGCCAACACACGGCAACUUGAAUCCAAAUGUGGGCCGUGGGCAAUCACCUGGAGGCAGUCAGUGGAGAACUGGACCUUGGGGAGCAUGUUCCAGUACAUGCGCUGGUGGCUUUCAAAGGCGUGUUGUGGUUUGCCAAGAUAGGGAUGGUUAUGAUGCGAAUAACUGUGCUGAACAGACUCGCCCAGUUGAAAUGAGAUCUUGUGAAUCUGGCCCUUGUCCUCAGUGGGUCUAUGGCAGCUGGGGAGAGUGCACCCAGAUGUGCGGUGGUGGAGCAAGAACAAGGCUAGUUAUUUGUCAGCUUCCGAAUGGACAGAGGCUAAAUGACCAGAACUGUGAAAUACUUGACAAACCACCUGACCGGGAGCAAUGCAAUACUCGAGCUUGCUCUGCGGAUGUUGACUGGCACAGAGGUCAAUGGAGCUCGUGCUCCAAUUUCUGUGGGAAGGGAAGUAAGUAUCGCACUGUCUCCUGCAUGACUAGAGAUGGAAAGCAAGCGGAAGAGGAGAACUGUAAGAACCUCGCCAGACCCAAAACACACAAGCGAUGCCGAGGAGGUCGAUGUCCUAAGUGGAAAGCUGCCGACUGGGAACAGUGCUCAGUCUCAUGUGGAAGUGGAACUCAGCAACGAAAAGUCUUCUGCCAGAUCUCAAACCGAACAAUUGAAGACACCCAGUGCAAUCGUUCCACACAACCUGCUUCAGUUCAACGCUGUCAGGCUGGAGAAUGUCCAUUUUACAGCUGGCAUGUGGAAGAAUGGCAAAAAUGCAGUUCGACCUGUGGUACUGGAACAAGGUACCGUAAAGUAACCUGCAUUAACCAGAAUAAUGAAGAGACGCAGAGUAAUAACUGUGAAGUAAAAAUGAAAAGACCGUCCAGUGUGGAGAAGUGCAAUACUCAACCUUGUGAAUACAUAUGGAUUACCGGAGAAUGGUCUGAGUGCUCAGUUACUUGUGGAAGUGGCUAUCAACAAAGGCUCGUUUCCUGCAGUGAAGUUUAUAACGGCAAAGACCUCUAUGAAUACAGCUAUCAUCAUCAGACAACAACAAACUGUCCAGGGGUGCAACCACCGAACAUCCGUGCCUGCUCCAUUGGUGAAUGCCCUAUUUCUGCCUCGUGGAGAGUUGGAAACUGGGGAAGAUGUUCAGUGACUUGUGGAAUGGGAGUAAUGCAACGCUCAGUACAGUGUUUAACAAAUGGUGGACAGUUAAGUAAUUUGUGCAGUUUGGACAUUAAACCAGAAGAGAGGAGAACCUGCCAGAGUGGAAAAUGUGAGUUUCCAAAGAGCUGUAAUGAGAUACAAAGAUUCAAAGGCUUCAUGGAAGAUGGUGAUCACACUCUUAAUAUUCAAGGAAAGCAAGUGAAGAUCUUUUGUGCUGGCAUGCUGUCAGAUAACCCCAGAGAGUAUGUUACACUGGCAAGUGGUGAUGCAGAAAAUUUCUCAGAAGUUUACGGCUACAGACUGAACAAUCCUGCAGAGUGUCCAUAUAAUGGAAGUCGAAGGCAUGACUGCCAGUGCAGAAGAGAUUACCUGGCAGCUGGCUUUUCCAGCUUCAGCAAAGUAAGACUGGACAUCAGCACUAUGCAAAUAAUAACAACGGACUUGUACUUCGCACACACACUUGAAGGACGAUCUGUUCCAUUUGCCACAGCUGGAGACUGUUACAGUGCUGCCAGAUGCCCCCAGGGCCAAUUUAGCAUCAACCUUUCUGGAACAGGGCUCCGAGUGUCUGAAUCAACAAGAUGGAUUUCACAGGGAAAUUAUGCAGUAGUAGAAAUACAACGAUCGCUGAAUGGUGCCAAAGUGACUGGGAAAUGUGGAGGUUAUUGUGGCAAGUGCAUUCCAUAUUCCGGAACGGGGCUGCAGAUACAAGUGGCUUAGCUCAGGUGCUCUUAAUUUAUGCAUUAUUGAGGAGGUGCAACCUAACAUGAGGCGAGCUGGGACAAGAUGAAGGACAAACUCAUACAUACCUCUCUGCGUUCUCUGUCUGUAGAUAAAUCUAGACAUUGUGAUGUAAAAUGUAUUUAUGAUUCAUGUUUAUAUUUAUUAUCUCCUUUAAAUUUUAUUUGACAAAUAGUUUUGUGAAAGGAGUUUUCAUGCUUUAUCUUAAAGUAUAAGACCAACAGUGAAAAGCACUGUUUGUACGGUAUGCAAUAUGUAGCCUCAUAAGACAAUUAUGUUUUAUUGACACUGUUUUUAAAUUGUUUACUUAUCACAACGCAACAUCUGGUAAACCAAAAACAGGCUGAGAAGCCUUUUCAAUAGUGGUGCUAUUUGAAAAAUAUGUACUAUAUAUUUGGUGUUUUUUGGCUUGGAAUUUACCUCUGCACUUUUAAUCAGGAAAAUAAGGUGAAUAUGUGCUGUAAUCACAAUACAAGUAAUUUUGGUAAGGGUUGUGUAAAUAUAUGGGUAUUUGUAGCGGUAUGUUAUUGCACUGAUUAACUUCCAUUAUCAGCCAAAGUGAAUACACAAGUAGCAGAGUUUUGAGGAAGAAAGAUAGAACAGAAUCUGCAAGGUCAGAAAGACAUAAAAGGGAACAAAAAUUACCUAUACUCCAUGUUAAUGGUUACUUGUUUUGUACUUUCCAUCCUAUGUCAGAAAUAACUGCAUGUCAUACCAUCUUAAUGCGCCUUACUUUACAAACCAUCUGUGAUUAAUAGUCUUGUCCACAAAUAUUGAGAAUUUUUUUUAAAGAAACCACAACAGAAUUCACCUGUUAAUUAAAAUUGGUGUUAAAAAUACCCUAUUGAGUAAAUGAGAACAAUUUGAGAUGGUUGUUUGUAUAUUGUUUCUGUAAGAUAUUUUGCAUUUGAUAAGGUUUUGGAGAUAAAAGGGAAUUUAGGAAAUUGCACUUAUAUUUUCUGGUGCUGUCCAUUGUGCAAACAAAUGCAUGUUUAUCAGGGGUAUAACCAUCCUACAUUAUUUUUUUAUAAAUGUGCUGUUUCAUUUGUUCAGUUCCCUUGUGUAUUCUGAGCUAUUACUGUUUAAUAGGUGCUUACAGUAUUUAUGACCUGUAUGUUGUUGCAAAGUAAAAAGCAGCAUUAUAACAUAAGUAGAGCAAACAAUUGACAUAAAUCAAGCACACAUGAUUUUGAUUUUCAGAUAAUGUUAAACUAGUUAUAGUUUACUACGUUGGUGCUGUAGGAAGAAGAAAAAUAUACAGGUCAUUAUUCUUUGAAGCUCAACUCUUAAAAUAGUCCCUUUAAGUCUGUAAAAUUGACAUUUUGCUGGUUUGAUAGGGUAUUCAAAAUACAUUAACAGUUACGUUUUUUUUCUACGCAUUGUAGCUUUGUGUUUUUCUUAAAACUGCAACAAACCUUGUUACAAAUAUCAAUGUACAGAAUCAGUCAACAGACUAUAGGACAACAUUGCUGUGCAAUGACAAAUAAAACAUCAAUAAAGAACAUAAAUUAAAUUGAAUGACUUACAUGCAGACUUACCUGGAAUUAUUGGUUGAGCAGAUAUGUUUUUCUAAAUUAAUACAACACUAGCUUCAUUUUUUUUGUAGUUUUGCAAUCCAAAUUGUUUAGUUAGUAUGUGUCAUAUGAAAAAAUAGAUUAAAGGACAAGUUUACUAUUGCAAUUUAUGCAUAAUUGUUCAUUUGUAAUCCCACAGAAAUGUACUUUUAAUUGCUGUAUGAGUGAAAUCUUCUUGUCAGUGUAUUUUUAAGUUCAAAUCUAUCUGCCUUAUCACAAUUAUAAACUGUUGCAUUUUAUGAAAGGGAAUUUCUGAAGUUUUUGCAUCAGAUUCAGGGCAAACCUUGCACUAUUAUGUGCCUAAACUUCAUUGCACAGGCAUAUUUUAACUUUAUGGUACUCAAUAAAUGUUGGAUAUUUAGCACCUGUAUGAAUAUGUAAGGGGUAUACAAUUCAACCAUUUAGUUCAGGUGUGUCUGUCAAUGAACUUUAAUUGUAAGGGCUAUAAAUUCUUGUAGGAAUUCCAGGGGAUGUACUCAUUAUUAUUGCAAAAAAGAAAUUGAUUUCAUUAUAUUUAGUAGUGUUACGCAAUGCAUUACAAUAUAGUAGACCAUUGUUACAUUAUUAAAAAUGUUAUUCAUAGUUGAAAUGUAUUUAUAACGAGUAUUAAAUAUG